CUUGAACCGAACGGGCACUCACUCGUAACGUUCCCCUCGCACAAUGUCCGAGUCAGUCGUCAUAGAGACGAGCUUGGGCGACAUCCAGCUAGAGCUAUACUGGAACCAUGCACCAAGAACGUGCAAGAACUUCGCGGAACUGACGAAGCGUGGAUACUACAACGGCGUAGUCUUUCACCGCAUCAUUGCCGACUUCAUGGUACAGGGCGGCGACCCGACAGGGACCGGCCGCGGUGGCACUAGCAUCUACGGACAGAAAUUCGAAGAUGAGAUACACCCAGAACUGCGGUUCACGGGAGCAGGCAUUCUCGCUAUGGCCAAUUCGGGACCCAAUACAAACGGAUCUCAAUUCUUCAUGACUCUAGCGCCCACUCCGUUCCUCGACAACAAGCACACCAUCUUUGGUCGCGUCAGCUCCGGGAUGCGGGUGCUUCAGAGACUUGGUUCGGUCGCGACUGAUGCCCAGGAACGACCUCGGGAGGACGUCAAGAUCCACAAAGCCCGUGUUGUCUGACGGCGUAAGCUCUCCGCCUCAGAAUAAGGGUGUGCUUGAGGUUGAGGGGACUAGGUACAAACGGUAUAUUCACUAGCUGCUUGUGCAAGCGUCACCUGAUGCCACCUACGAGCUCCGCUGGCAUUUGUACAUGUAGUAUGCACACUAGUCACAGUAGUCAGUAAGAUACAGGGCGACUCACGAAGCGCCAUCUUGAGAUGCG